AUGCGGUAUCUUGUUGGCCUUCCCCUUCUACUCCCUCUCGUAUCAGCUGGUGUCUUCCCGAAAGACUCCUUAGUUCAGAUGCUCGAUGCAAAGUCCUUCAAGAAGGCGAUGAAGGCCAACAACGAAUCAAGUAUGGUCGCAUUUGUCGCUCCUUGGUGUGGACAUUGUCAACGUAUGGCGCCAGAGUACAGCAAAGCCGCGCUGGGACUACAUCCAUUAAUACCCUUCUACGCUGUCGAUUGCGACGCCGACCAGAACAAGCGUCUAUGUGCAGAGCAGGGUGUUCAGGGCUUCCCGACUGUCAAGAUGUUCCCUCGGGGUGACAAAGAAACUCCGGUUACUUACGAGGGCGAACGAUCUGCCUCUGCUUUCUAUUACUUCGUGACCCGUCGCAUCCCCCCCACCUUCACUAAGCUCUACAAGACUCAAGAUAUUCUCCCAUGGAUUGAGAAGACGAAAGAUGAGAAGCGAACCCUUCUACUCACUAAAGACAAGAAGGUCCCUCUGCUCUGGAAAAUCCUCUCCAAUAAAUAUGAAGGCAAGAUUCAAUUCGGUACCCACCGAGACCGCAAGGGAAAAUCGUCUGUUGCUCUCGGUUUCGAGGCUGGAGAGAAGAAGCAAUCCAAGGUCCUCUUCUACUCGCCCGGCUCAACGAAACCAUUCCGAUAUGAGGGCCUGAACAAAUUCGAGUCGCUCAGCAAAUUCUUUGAUGCCGUACUGGACGGCACAGCGGAUCUCACCGUGGCAAAUGCUGAGGCCAAAGCAGAGGAGGAGCAAUACGAGCCUACCGAAGAGGAGCUAGAGAUCCAGCGUAAGCAGGAGGCACAAAGGAUGGCUCUGUUACAUGGUGGUUUCGCGGACUUGGUCGACUUUGAACAAGCAAUCCUCAGUGGUAAUGCCGACAGCUAUCAUGACACAAAUGGCUUUGGUUCACCUCCACCAUUAAAGAAGAAGAAGAAAGAGGAGGCCGCUACUGAACCAGUCGACAGCGAGCCAGUAGCUGAGAAGGUAGAAGCUGUCCCAACAAAUGAGGAGUCCAAGGUCGCAAAGGACGAGGCAGAGUUGUAA